UAUUAUCACCCUUUUUUUUUUUCAUUCUUGAAAAAAAAAAUCAAAAUGAAGUUGUCAAAGACUUGCUUGAUACUUCUAACUCUAGUAAACUUCGGUUUUGCUCAAGAGAAUACGGGAGACCCUAUUCAAGACAAUCUCGUGGUUAAUGCUGGAAAGGAAGAAACUACUCAAUUUGGUGUAAAGAUCAAUAAUACUGAUAGUUUGACAGCUGGACACCGUGGACCCACCUUACUAGAAGAUUUUAUGAAUCGUGAAAAGAUCAUGCAUUUUGACCAUGAAAGAAUCCCUGAACGUGUUGUUCAUGCUCGUGGUUUUGGUGUUCAUGGUUACUUUGAACCUUACGCAGACUGGUCAAAUAUUACUGCUGCCAAGUUCUUGCGUGAACCCGGUAAAAAAACUCCAGUAUUUGUUCGUUUCUCUACCGUCUUAGGUUCAAGAGGUUCUCCUGAUACUGUCCGUGACGUUCGUGGCUUUGCUACAAGAUUCUAUACAGAAGAGGGAAAUUUCGAUUUAGUUGGAAAUAUUAUUGCCCCAUUCUUUAUUCAAGAUGCAAUUAAAUUUCCUGAUUUAAUUCAUGCAACAAAGCCAGAGCCUGAUAGGGAAGUACCCCAGGCUUCAACUGCACAUUGUACUGCUUAUGAUUUCUUUUCUCAACAUACUGAAUCUAUUCAUACUGUUAUGUGGGUUCUGUCUGGAAGAGGUAUUAUCAGAAGCUUCCGUCAAGUAGAGGGGUUUGGUGUCCACACCUUCCGAUUAAUCAGAGAAGAUAAGAAAACUGUAUUUGUCAAGUUUAUUUGGAAACCCUUGCAGGGGCUUUCUAAUCUCGUUUGGGACGAAGCUCAAAAAAUCCAAGGUAAAGACAUUGAUUUCCAUCGUAACGAAUUUUAUGAUGCUAUUGAAAAGGGGGAUUAUCCUGAAUAUGAACUUUGUGUACAGAUUGUCCCAGAAGAAGAUGAAGAUAAGUUCGAUUUCGAUUUACUUGAUUCAACCAAGAUUAUUCCCGAAUCUUUAGUCCCAGUUACCAGAUUAGGUAAAAUGACACUUAAUCGUAACGUCAAUGAUUUCUUCUCUGAAACCGAACAGGUUACCUACCAUAUGGGACAUGUAGUUAGAGGCAUUACUUUUACUGAUGAUCCUUUGCUUCAUGGCCGUUUAUUCAGUUAUCUUGAUACUCAAAUUAACAGAAUGAAUUCUGUUAAUUAUUUCCAUCUUCCUAUUAAUAAACCAAGAGUCCCAGUUCAUAACAAUCAGCGUGAUGGUUAUAUGCAAACUAAUGUUCAUACUGGAAAAGUUGCUUAUUAUCCAAACACUUUACAAGACAAUACUCCUGAAGUCGUUUCAGAUAAGAAAGGCGGAUAUUUGGAAUACCCUGAACAUGUUAACGGAACUAAGCAACGUGGUAAAGCGGGUAAAUUUGCUGAUCAUUUCUCUCAUGCUCAAUUGUUCUAUAACAGUCUUACCACUGCCGAACAACAGCAAGUAGUAAAUGCAGCUCGAUUUGAACUUGGUAAAUGCCCCUUGAAGUCUGUUCGUACUAAUAUGGUCAAUGUCUUUAAUCGUGUUGAUCACAACUUUGCUCGUCGUGUUGCUUAUGCCUUAGAUGUCCCUAUUCCUGAAUAUAGUCAAAACAAAAAUAAGACAUCUAUCGGUUUAUCUAUCGAAAACUAUCCAUUACCUAAAAAUAUCAAGGCAAAGAAAGUGGCUAUCAUUACAGCACCUGGUAUUGAUGUUGAUGAAGCCAAAUCCAUGUAUGAUUUCUUGAAGAAAGAAGGUGCCUAUCCUGACUAUAUUGGUAUCAAAUUGGGUGAUCAAGAUGGACUUGAUAUUGAACAAACAUUCCUUACCACUACCUCUGUUCUCUACGAUGCUGUCUAUGUCCCAUCAGGUAGUAAAGCAGCUUUCAAAUUAUUAGCUGAACCUCUCUCUACCUUUCCUUAUGCUGAACCUAUUGCAUUCUUGCUGGAUGCCUUCCGUCAUGGCAAGCCUAUUGCUGCCUCUGGUCGUGGUGUAUCCUUACUUAAGUCUGCCCAGGUUCCUUCUAUGGCUCUUAGUAGUAACGUUGAAUCACAAAAGAAAUAUGGUAUCUUUAUCAGCAAUGAUUUGAAGAACCUUAAAAAUCUAUUCAAGUUAGGCAUUCGCAAACAAAGAUUCUGGAUCCGUUUGCCUAGUGAUCCUGAUGCUGCAGAAUCUCCUACCCCACCUACUAACAAAAUCUAAAACAAAAGAAGGAACUUAAAAUAUAAAAUUAAUUUCUUUUUUUUUUUUCUUCAAUCCAAAACAAUAAUGAUUUUUUUUCCCCAGCUUAUUAUCUCUUAGUAUCAUUAAUAAAACAAUAAUAAUAAAAAUUUUAUUUUAUUAAGUUUUGGACCUUUUUUUAUUUAUUUAUUUAUUUAUUUUUU